AUGGACUUGACAGGGGACCUCCCGACGCAGCCCGGCUCUCGCGGCCUGGCCAUGCUCGCCGCCGGAAUCGCGAGAAGCCUCGCCAAGGAGAACGCGGGCAGCAACCUGAUCCUCCGCGUCCUCGGCGCGCGGUCACGCGGCGAGCUCGACGAGUUCGUCUCCGGCGUGGCGGAGCAGGUGUUCGAGGACCACUCAGGCUAUGGCGGGCCGCGCGUCGCGUUCGCGUGCGGCGUCUGGAGCGACCUGACGUGCCCGCUGAAACCAGCCUUCCGCGAGGCCGUGGUGGGCACGUACAAGACCGAGGCAAGCACCGUCGACUUCACCAACGAGCCGGAGGCGGCGCGGGACCAGAUCAACGCCUGGGUCGCGCAGGUGACGCAGAACCUGAUCGGCUCCGUCUUUGGUCCGGAAGCGAUAAAGCCGCUCACCCGCGUCGUGCUCGGCAACGCCAUGUACUUCAAGGGAAGCUGGGCCGAGUCCUUCGACAAGAUGGACACGACGAACAAGCUUUUCCACCGGCUCGACGGCAGCACCGUCGACGUGCCCUUCAUGCAAAGCUGGGAUCGCCAGUACAUCGCCGUGCACGACGGGUUCAAGGUCCUCAAGCUCCAUGACCACAGCCAGUACGAUGAAACCGCCCAUCCGGCCGGCCAUCCGUAUUUCUCCAACCUUACUCCGUCCGGCACUCCCACGCCAUAUUAUGUCCCCUAUCGUCGUAACAAACGCACACAAUUCUCCAUGUGCAUCUUCCUCCCGGACGCCGUCGAUGGCUUGCGGAGCCUGGUUGACACGAUAGCAUCCCAGCCUGGCUUCAUGCACCAGCACCUGCCGAAGAAUAUGCUCGCCGUCAGCCAGUUCCGGUUGCCCAAGUUCAAGCUGUCAUUCCAAGGCAGCAUCGUUGCAAUCCUCAAGAACCUGGGGCUUCAAUUGCCGUUCGGCGAUCUGGCCGAUCUGUCUGAUAUGGUGGAGGACAACGAGUCUGGCUUGCCACUGGAAGUGAGUGAGGUCAUCCACAAGGCGGCCAUCGAGGUUAACGAGGAAGGUACCGAAGCUGCAGCUGCUUCCGUCAUGAACAUUCAGUAUGGAUGUAGCGCAAUACCGCCACCGUCGCCUCCUCGAGUGGAUUUUGUAGCUGAUCAUUCCUUCGUGUACUUCAUUGUCGAGGAGGAUACCGGCGUUGUUGUCUUUGCGGGGCAUGUCCUCGACCCCUCUAAAGAGAACUAG